AAUAAAAGCCCUGGGUAAAGCGGCAAUUAGUUGACAGCCAUAUACUAGCGUCGAGUAAAAGGAAAAUGGCGGCUAACGACGAUCAAGAAAUUACUUUUCAACAGCAAGAUGCUGAACAAUCUGAGCCUCCUUGUGAUACUACGAGUUUUCAAUUUGUUCCUGAAAAGAUAGUUGAUUUUUCUAUGACUCAGGAUGGACAAAGAUCUUAUCGAGUGCGCUGGAAAGACUCUUGGUUAACUGAGGAGCUUCUUGCACUUACCUAUCAACAUCUUAUUAAUGAUUUUUGGUCAGCAUCUGCAAAUGUCAAUAAGGAAAGUCAAAAGAAGAUUACCAAAUUAUCUAGUAGUAUCAAAAUUGCAGCUAAACAUAAGCAAUACACUGAAUUUGCCCAUAUAACACCAAAUAUUUCUAUUAAAUCAUCAGCUGAUACUUCACAUAUUGAUUCUAUAAAUCAUGACAGUUUCUUAGAACAAGGAAGUUUAUUAAAGUCUCACACAAUUAUUGCAAAGAAACAAGAUACAUCGAACUCUCUAAAUUCUUUAAUAGCCAACAAUGAAUCUCUCAGCAACUUGCAGUAUCAAGAUAUUGUUCCUGCAAUGCUAUCAACUCAAUCAAUUCCAAAAUACCAACAAGCUUUGCAGCAACCUAUUACUGUUCAAACACAACCUUUAUCACAAGAUUCAGAUGGAAAAGUUACUUUUCCAAAGCAUGUGUUUUCUCAAGCCAGGUUUUUAAAUAAAAAACAACAGCAGCAGAUUGCUGUUGCAGAUGGUCAACGUGUCCAAUGUGAUAUUUGCCAAAAAUCGUUAAAAACUAAAAAGAUGUUAUGGGCGCAUAAGGUAGCUGUGCACUAUGGGGGAAAUUUUCCUUGUGAAAUGUGUGGUAAAAAAUGUAUUACUGGUGCUGAACUAAGAAGACACAUGACUUCUCACUCGACUGAACGAAAGUUUAUUUGUCAAUAUUGUGGUCUUGCAUACAAAAGAUGGUCUCACCUUUAUCAGCAUUUGCGUGUUCAUGAAGAAGAAAAAAACUUUCGAUGUGAUGUUUGUCAUGUAAAUUUUAAAGUACAGUCAGAAUUAAAAGAUCACUGUUUUGCUGAGCAUAAUAAUGGAGAUAUGGUUCAAUGUAGUGUUUGUAGACAUAAACUUCAAACACCAUUAGCGGUGUAUCACCAUAGUAUGAAGCAUACUGGUACUAGGGAUUUUAAUUGUGAAAUAUGUAGUGCUACUUUUAAAAGAAAACAGCAUUUAGUGACUCAUAUGAAAACUCAUUUAUCAGAAACAAGACAAGAAGAUGGCUCAAAUGAAGUAUUUAAUUGCCAGGCCUGUGAUGCUAAGUUUACAUUAAAGAUGGACUUAAAAUCUCAUUGUGACUCUGUGCAUAUUCUACCAGGAGAUGAAUCUGUUAAUUGUAAAACAUGUCAGCGAAAGUUAAAUGUAUCCCAUUCAGUAUACCUACAUGGUUUAAGGCAUUGUGGUGUUCGUGAUUUUCCCUGCAAUCACUGUGAUCAGAAGUUUAAACGUAAAGCACAUCUACUAAGGCAUCAACAAGAUCGCCACCCAGCAGAACCUCGUGAGCGUAAAAAAAGAGAGGUUCGCAUCAAUUCAACAGUGUGUGGUUUAUGCAGAAAAACUUUUAAAUAUAAAACAGUUCUGAUAAAGCACAUGGUAGCACAGCAUGGUAUUUUACCCAAAGCAGAUGGUACUUUUAAGCCUGGCGUUGUAUAUAAAAAGUUUAAUAAAAAGCCUUUUCAAUGUGAUCACUGCCCACAUCGUUUUAAAACAAGUACAUCACUAACAAAGCAUAAUAUUGCCAAACAUGAAAGUGAGAUGUCUCAUAAUCAUAGGGAUGAGGAGGUUAAUAACAAAAAUUCAAAUUUUGAUCAUCUUACUAAUGAAGCUGCUGGUGUCAUGGCAAAUAUGUGUACUUCAGAGUCUAAUUUAACUGAUAUGCUAGAGGUUGAUUCCUCUGGGGUAAACAAUUCAGAACCAAAUAUUCCAAAUAUAAAUGAAAAUAUGCAAAUUCAGGAAACAUUUGAAAAUAAACAUUUAAAUGCAGAAAUACAAAAUUUAUUUAAAGAUGAAGGUGCUGAUGAAAAUGAAAAUAAAUUACAAAAAAAUAAAGAACAAGACCAAAUCUCCGUUAUGCAUAAAAGUUCUAAUAUACUACAUCCAAAUACUUUAGUCAGUCGUCGUAUUUUAACCCUAGAUGAAACUGGUCAGUUGAUAUUGGUACAAGAAGAUGAUUCUAUACCAAUUGUUACAGAGAGCUCAUCACUACAUAAUAAUGUAGACCAACGAGUCUUAGUUGUACACGGGGUCAGUAGUAAUACUAACCCAAUAAAUGUGGAUCACAGUCAUGUAAUUAAUGUUCAAGGAAAUGACCACUCACAAGUUCUUUCUUUAUCAGAUGAGCUACCUCAUGGGCGUGUUCUUCCAUACAAUAAUGUUACAAAUGAAUCUGAGUUAUCGCCAAUAAUGCAAAAUAAUAUCCGAUUAAAUGAGGAUCAGCAACAAGUUGUAAGCCUUGGAGAGCAUAAUAUACCAAUUACAUUAGGGCAAAUAAUAAGUCAAAAUGGUGUUAUCACAUCUGUUCCUUUGCAGUCUAUGCAGGGCCUAGAAAGACAUAAUUUAAUUCAGUUUACACAAGAAAAUAAUGAGGAAAUUGUUGUUUUAUUAAGUGCAUUAAAUUCACAGUCUCUCCAUCACAUGUAACAUUCUUAUCAAAUGCGUUUAAUUCUCAGUGCUUUCAUCACGCAAUUAUAAAGUAUGAGGCCAAACAUAGAAUAAUGUUUUCUUUAGCAAUGCAAUAUCAAUAUAGAUGUUAUGUAUGAUAACCAGGUGAAUUAAAAGUCAUACAAGACAAUUAACUCGAAUGUAAAUCUAUGUUGUAGUUUAUAGUUAUUUUUACUGGACAUUUUUAGUUUCCAAAUUAAAUAUGUGGAUUUGUUAAUACUUAUUUUUUUACAAAUUUGUUUGAGUUUAAAUCCAAUAGUUUUAUCAUACAUAAAGAUUAAUGUUUAGAUAAAUAUUUUUUCUUUUUA